AUGCCUUCAAGUCAUCUCUCUCAUUGUGAAUCCCCUCCGAGCUCCCCGAGAGGAUCCUCCAACUCAACAUGCAUGACAGCGGAAACUUGUGCGUCUCCCAUAGACACGGAGAGAGAUCAAGCACAUUGUGACCUUAGCUAUUUCAUCCCAGUUGGAGUCCUCUGGUGGAGAACACCAGAUGCCAGUCAGACACCCGAAGCAGAUUCUUUACAAGGGUAUUGUCCGGAAGCCGAUUCGUUACAGCUACUCGAGGACGCCGGUUUGAUAAAGCUGUCCGUCGGCCAGGAAUCUGCGGAAAGAUGGAUUGGCGUCCAAAUUUACGUGAUACCCGAAGAAAGAGCUCCGGAUCUGCCGCCCAGGACUUACCAACGCCUCCGGCGUGCUCUGAAAGCUGUGAUGUCUAGAAUAGAUCCAUCACCAGACGCAUGGGAAGGAAGGCGUUGCAAUCCAGUUCAAGUUGAAGCAGGCUCUGGAUGUGAAUCCCUUUUUUACAUCUUCAACACAUUGGAAUCUCCGAAGCCAGAAGCGGCGCAUGUCUCUGACUCGUGGUCGAAAAUGGCAGUCAGUAAUCUUUUGUAUGCUGGCGACGAUGAUAGUAGCCUUGGAAUUUUGGGCUUGAGGACAAGAUUAUACCCUUACCAACAGCGAUCUGCUGCUAUGAUGAUCCAAAAGGAGGCGGAGCCUUCCUUAUCUCUCGACCCAAGAUUACAGACUCGACAUAGUCCAAAAGGAAGAAAAUAUUACUAUGAUAGAGAGGAAGGAACUGUGUUGGAUGAACCAAAAUUUUAUUCUAAUGUGGCAGGAGGUAUAUUGGCAGAAACUAUGGGGUACGGGAAGACGUUAAUAUGUCUAGCUGUUAUCCUAGCAACACGGGGCCACAUGCCAUCCAUUCCGUCACAAUAUGUUAGGCCCCCACCUGUUAGAAGUCAAACAGGCUCUCUACUGGAUAUGGCUGCUGCAGCGGCCGGCGCCAAUUCGCUUCCUUGGCAAAGCCACUUUCGAGCUCUUGAAUCCGAUGGUAUGCACUUCGACAGGUGUGUCGAUGCUUGCAAAAAAAACCGCGGAACGUAUACUAUCACGCAAACUCCGAAGUACGGCCGACGCAGCACAAUGCAUGUGAGGGACAGCUCGAUUACAAUGCAACUCUCAUCCGCAACUCUAGUUAUCGUGCCGCCGAACUUAAUUGACCAUUGGCUAAAUGAGAUAGCGAAACAUACUGAAGGCUUAAUGGUUCUGGUACUAAGAGAUAGCAGUAUCUCUACCCCAUCAGCAACCGAACUUUUGAAGUAUGACAUCGUGUUGUUUUCUCAGCCGCGAUUUAAGAAAGAGUCUGGCGGGUUCACUGCAUCAGGACCAGUCACAUAUUCCUCGCCCCUGAGGAAUCUCCAUUGGCUCCGGAUAAUUGUUGAUGAAGGCCACAAUUUCGCUAGCACGGGGGGAAAGACGAGUUCAGUCUACAUGCUAGAUAAGCUACAGGUCGAACGACGAUGGAUCGUCUCCGGAACACCAUGGAAAGGCCUCUAUGGCGUCGAGGUCAGUCUUGCUGCUGAGAAAACGCUUAGUUCGAUGCCCGAGGAAGAGAAGAUCAGAGAUAUAUUAAAUGCCCGUAAGGAUGCCCAAAAUCUGCUCAAUGAUGAAUUAAAGAGACUUGACAGCCUGCGGUACAUGGUCAUCGAUUUCCUCAAUCUCAAACCAUGGUCAAAUUCUCGUGCCGCGGACCCGGCAAGCUGGACAAAGUACAUGACUCCAAUUGGCCCUGAUGGAAAGCGAAUGAUGUCCCCGUCUCUUCGGGCCACGCUUCAGUCCCUUGUCGUGCGUCAUCGCUCAGAGGACCUACAGCGAGAACUGCCACUUCCAAAACUUCACAACGAGGCUGUUUACCUCGAGCCCACCUGUUACGACAAAGCGUCGUUGAACCUGUUUAUCCUGAGAAUUGUGGUAAAUGCGAUAACCUCUGAGAGGACUGGCGAUGACUACCUAUUUCACCCCAGAAAUAGAAAGCAUCUUGGCCAGUUGAUGAACAAUCUGAGGCUGGCGGGAUUCUGGUGGCCAGCAGUCGAGACCGAAGAAAUCCAAAAAACCACACUGAAGGUGGCUAAAGAAUACCUGCAGAAGAAUAUGUUUCGGUUGGCGGAUGAAGAAUUGAAUUUACUACAUCAAGCUAUAGCCACUGGAGAAAAGGUCCUCAGUUUCUCGUCUCGAAAUUCCUUAUGUGAAAAAGAGGAUGUUGGAAUAGUCGUCGAUUGCUUUCCUAAACAUGCACGGGGAUUCUGGGCUAUCAAUGAGCGAGCAGUGCAUCACGAUCCUCUAUUACUCGGGCUCUCGUUGGCGAGAGAGGCACAGAAAUUUGUUACCGCACGCCUCUGUGAAGUAGAUCCAGGAGAAGGGCUCGCUGGAGCCGGCAUCAAAGCGAAACGACAGAGAUACAAAAAGCCUGAGCCAUCUGGACAGUCUUGUCAUAAGCAGAAGCCGGAAGAAGUGGUAUAUGUCUCCCAUAGACCAAAAUCUGAAAAGGUUAACCACAUCAAGAGUUCAAGGAACAAGAAGGUCCUCGAGUCGAGAGUAGAGAGAGAUAUAAUCUUCUAUGAGAGCGAAACACGCUUUUGGAUCGCGGAGGGCUCGACUACUAAACAUAGAUUUUCGCAUUUACGCGCAGACUUUGAAAGCGUCGCAAAAGUCGGAGCUUCCCAUGGUCUACACAUUGCAGCUGCUUCAAGAGUUUUCAUCGUCAACCCUAUAUGGGACCCUAAUAUAGAGAGCCAGGCCAUCAAGCGGGCUCAUCGAAUAUCCCAAACCCGACCAGUGUAUGUGGAGACUUUGGUGUUGAAGGAUACACUGGAGGACAAAAUGCUGAGGCGCCGAAAAGCUAUGACAAGCACAGAGAUGCAGCAUGCGGAGAAAGACAUGCUGGACGAUGGGACAAUGAGCUCCAUCAUCAAGAAUGAAGGCUUUCUCGAACUCCCGGACGAUCUUACAUUCCCUGCUCCUGCUUGUUUUAGCAGUGCCCUUGGAUUGUUUGAUAGGCACUCCCUCUCUAUCCCUGAGAACUACGUUGAUCCCCCCAGCCCACCACCUGCAGAACGCCCGGAGCCUAUCACCUCCGAUAUCACGCCUGAUUCACCAACUUCGGAUAAUAAACGGAGGCGAGCUAAUUUUCCUGAAUUCGAUUUGCUUACGCCGUCUCCAGAGAAAAGUUCACCAAAACGACGCAGGGAAUUACACACCGAAGAAGUAGUGAAUGAAAAUGGCAUAGUUUUCAUAUCUCCCCGAAGACGAACACCUCGCAGGAUCCGACGAACAUCUUCCAGCACCUCAUCCGGUUCCAGCACACGCAGCAACGUCGGCAGCUCCGCAUAG